AACCUCUCACCGUGUAUCACCAGUCAGUUUCCUUGGUUGAAUUUGAAAGGGUUUUUAGUUCCUCUUAUAUAGUUCCUGCCUUCUCAUCCCCUUAUCCUUCCCUCCCUCAUCUUCGUCAGCACUUUCCUUCCCUAUCCGCAGACUCCCUCGCUCUUUCCUCCUUGACUCAGAGAUAAGUAAGCUUGCAUCAUGGCACGUGGUGUAUACAGUUUUUGUCCGCGCGACUCUAUGCCUACGGCCACAAUGAACCCGACAGUACCCACGCUUCCACUCCCCAUUGAUACAUCAACGAAACAGGCAAAUGACGCUAUGACCUGGCAACAGCGGGAGGACUUUGGACAUGCCGCGAAACCGAGUGAGCGCCGUUCUAGUCGCGUACAAUGGGCACCUUUCGACCCAGCAGCUAUUGAGAGUCCGCCUACAAUAGCAGCAGAGGAGGGCAAGACCUGGGCAGCGCAACUGGCCGAGUUUCCAAUCCCAGACCCUCGUCGUAACCCUCGUGCCAAGGCAGCUACUUCAGCUUCACCUCGCCACGCUAAUCCUCCUACACCUACUAUACCAUCACCUCCAGAAAACGACACCCAGAAGCCUGAGAAGUCCUCGCACACAAGACCGCCACGCAAGAGUAAGAAGCAAGAGACACGCAACAACAUGUCUGCGUUACCGAAGAGUGCCUAUAUUCCUCCCCACUUGCGCAAGCGCGGCUCUGCUACCCCAGCGAAAGCAGACUCCGUGCUCGGGCUUCAUACUGCGAACGGAUCCCCUGCGGUCUCCGACAAGUCCAAGACCGAACAUCCCGCUCAGCUAGAUUCAUCUCCUAACAGUGCAAACCAAUCACCGAAUUCACCCCCUUCUCCAGCGACUACUCCCCCAGAGUCAGAGAAAGUCGAAAAUAACGGCUGGGCUGGCUGGGACAAUCCCAAGCCCGAAUCUUCCCCUCUAAUUCGUAAAGCUGAGAAUCCGCGAUGGCCACGCGGCCCAAAGCCGGCCCCGAAGAAGACAGUCUGGCCAAAGGCGCGUGACAUGAAGUAUAUCCCCACCGAUAGUGACAGUGACGGCGGCGUCAGCUUCAGGUCUAACAGCAAUGGAGACCCUCAUUACGACGUCAAACAACUAAUGGACUGGAACGGCGACUGGCUUCCUCCUCCCGAGCAAUGGUCUGCUCGCAAAGGUUACUCGAACCGCCACUUCGGUCAAAUCAUGGAACAGUGGAUGAAUGGGCAUAGUAUCGAGUGCAUAGACAGCAUGGACAUAUCCUCUGACUCUUUCAGAGGUCGUCAGACGACCAAUGGUGAUGAAGUCGAACAUGUCCUUGUUGAUGGGGUUUGCAAAGAGCUCGUACCUCGGUAUUGGCUGUUGGCGCAUAUAGAGGGCAAGCCUCUGCGCGAGUUCUGGAAGGAGAUGCCACUCCGUGCGCCGGAGGCUUUGGACGACACUGACAUCACAGCGGAGCCGCCGUGGUGGGACUUGUAUACCGACGCAUCUAGCUCCUUCAUCAGCGCUUUGGUGGUGCCGGAUGCAAAAGUUGAUGGAGCUGAUGUGGCUAACCACAUCAAUCCCUUUGGUUUUGCAUCCGCUACUGAGAGGAUGCGAAACAAGCGCGAACGGGAUAUCAAUAAGCAGCAGAGGAUGCUGGCAAAGCGGAACCGUCCUCUUCCAGAACCAAAAUUCCCAGUCCCGGAGAUGGAAGACCGACGCAUUCGGCCGAGUGCUAACGUCUACCUUCGGCCUGUUCAGCCAGCAGACGUAAGGGGCAUUGCGGAAAUCUACAACUAUUACGUUGAGAACUCCAUCGCCGCUAACGAGUUCGACGGCCGCACGGAAGCCCAGAUACGCGAUCGUAUCAACGGCAUCACCGAAGCAGGCCUGCCCUAUCUGGUAGCGAUAGCCAGAGGCAACCAGCCAAGGGGUGGGGGCUACAUCCGUGAAAAGAUCGUUGGCUAUAUCAACCUAGAUGAUUACUGCGAUCAGUCGAGCAUGUACCGCUUCACCUUCGAGAUGGAGCUCUUCGUUCAUCCAGGUUACCUCAUGAAAGGCAUCGCUAAGUGCCUUCUCGACAGGCUUCUGGAAAUGGCUAAUACCGGAUACAACGCCAGAGGAGGCUACGAGUACGUGAAUGAGUUUGACUAUCUCAAGACGGGUCCUUCGAGAGUCAUCAAGACGAUCCUGUUGAAUGUCCAUCAUCAGCAUGGCGCAGACAUCCAGUGGGCCACCGACUACUUGAGUGCCUUCAAGUUCGUGCGUGCUGGCAGAAUCUCCCAGGUGGGGUUCAAGAAGGAUCAGAUUGUCGAUGUAUCGAUCUACCAACACCACACCACCGAGACCAUCAACCCUGGCAGCAUCCCGACGGUUCCUCUGGAGCGGAAUUGAGUUCAGUAUUGAGAGAUUGCACGAUCGAUUCGUGCAGUCACUAUGUGGAACCGUUCUUACGCUUUGAUUCAGCGCCUUGUCAGCUGGUUGACUUCCCAUUGAAACUGGGUUAGAGCAAAGUCCGACGAUCAACAAUGUCUCUGUUUUGACUGUCCUAAAAGCGUUCCAUUCGGCCCCUUCUUUCCUUCUUUUGUCCUUGCGUUUCUGCUUUCACGAUAUAAGUUCGAUGUACAGUUCACUCCGAGUGUGCCAGAGAACAGUUGCGCUGCGGCAUCUGUGCAACAGUCUGCCUUGAUGGCGCAGUCUUCCGAACAGGUAGAUAAGCGACUAGGACACUUAGCAUGCUAGGACGACGAGAUCCUGGAGCGGAUUCUGGGGCUUUGGAUUCAUAUGGUAUUUGUAGCGUAAGGGUAG